AUGACUUUGAAUCUGGCAGAAUGGAAAAAAGAAGAAAAACAAAUAAAAUCCAACGUAAGACAAGCAAGCGGAGAACUUGUGCAAUGCAAUUUUGAUGAGGUUUUAAAGUUUGCUGCAAGACUAUCGAUAAGUGCAUGUUGUCGACUUAACCCAUUAGAUGUUUUACACCUGUCAAAUCAUUUAAACCUGUUCAUGCCUUUUUGUUUUUACAAGAAUGUUCAAGAAGCAAAAUUUUCAAAUGAAUGCGCAAUAUAA